CGACGGGUCCCGUGCAAAUCGAAGUGAGCAUGCGUAGUUCAUUUGCUUUGGUCCAUAUACUCAGGCUGACGGAAGCAGUACCUAUCAUGGCGCCAUUAUGUCAAUAUUUCGGAUGCGCCCACAGCGGCAAUGUUUGUUAUGAACACAGAAUGUUCUCAUAGUUGUGGAGCUGUGGAUGCGAUUCUGGAAACACGUGGAAUUUAAUUAUAAGAUUGGUGUCAAGGAAUCAGGAUGAGGGUUAGUAGUUGCUGUUGCUGCUUCUCGCUUAAGACAGGAUGCAUAAUCAUUUCCGUGUAUUACAUGAUUUUGUCUCUGCUACUUCUCGUAUCAUCCUCUAUGGACCUGUAUGAUAUACUCAUCACGGACGAGGCUGACGUCAAAAAGGAUGAUGAAAAAAUGAACGAUCCUGUCGUAAGAGGAAUGUUAUGGACCUUCUUGGCAGUAAUUGGCCUGCACAUCCUCAUGAGCUUCGUGCUCUUAGUGGGAGCAAUGAAGGAAAUUCCGGCCAUGAUACUGCUCUGGUGUAUAGCCAACACCGUCUUCCUGGUGGCCGUCGUCUCAGGAAUGUCCGUGAGACUAUUCUUGGAUCCAAGAAAAUUCAUGGCGUCGAUUGGAAAAAGAAUCUUCAGUAUAAUCGUGGGCAUCUAUUUUCUGAUAGUGGUGAAGAGUUUCCACAGAGACCUGAAGGAAAGACAGGCCAACAAUGCCGAGCCAGUUUGAAAGGGGAAGAAACAAGGUAUAACCCCGUGUGGCUUCAUAUGUGUACAACAUAAGUGUAAUGUGUUCAAGAAAUAUUUUUGUAGAAUUCUGACCUAUAGAGAAGCCUAGAUGAACUGGACCGAAUAUACAUGGACUAGGCUAUGGGCUCGACGACCGACUGAUCCAUGGAUUUUCGAGUCCCGGGAUGGGCAUGAAAUUUUCCCCUUAUAUUUCAUUUUGAAGACCGUCUAUGGGGCCCACCUUGGCUCCUCUUCGAUGGCUACUUGGGUUGUGCCCUAUGGACACCAUCAGAUAUUUUCUUAACGGGGAGACAGCCAGAAAAGUUGUUGGGUUUUAAGUCCUCCCGAAGGCGGCUGUGAAGAUUACGGUUUCGUGGGUUGUAACGCCACAUAAUUCGGUGGAGUGUACAGCCUCCAUCUUCAGGGUGAAAUUGUAAGCCAAAUAAGAAACCAGCAGAAGCAGGCGGUAACCAUGCCGGGAUGUCUCCGAACCACACGAGGUUGACAACCCCGAAAAUCGUAAUCUUCACAGCUGGAAAUUUGCUUAUAAGCUUAUAUUUGUUGUUUAAGAACAUGCUUACUGAUCGAUGAUUUUGUGCAGAAUGAGGUUAGCACUUCCUAACGAGUCCGAAAGACUAGGUGUCUUCCAGUCACUCACACGAGGACGGAUACAUAAACAGUUUCCGAAACGUUCUGUUCUUUAUAAUCUGUAGUGUUCGAAGAUGAUUAAGAACGG